GCGUGGCUUCUUGUGUGCCUGGCAGAGAGACAUGUAAACAGCUAACGUUAGCAUGUCCGUCUCACCGCGCAGCGUCACGGUCUGACAGGAAGUGUGUUGACGCUCUGCUGACAGCAGAAGAAGAAAAUCCUCCUUCUGACCGACGACGGAGACUUCAUCCUGCUCACUACUUCCUGUCAGCAGGAGAGAAGAAGAAGAAGCCUUUAACUUUAUUCCUAUAUAUAUUUAAUUCACGACGACGGACUUAACUUCCGCCAGAGACUCUGCGUCAUGUUCAAAGUCCGAUAGAAAGAGUUCGUUCUCACCGCUCCUCGAUUCUUCAGCGUGAUGGCGGAGUCCAGCACGGCGCCACUGACGGACCACAACUGCGAGGAGCCGCCUCCUCCCAAGGAGGGAGUCUCCAAAGAACUGAUCGUAACCGACGAUGGGCCUCUUCCCGUCAAAGUUCUGAUGGAGGCGGAGCAGGAGGAGGCCACGCCCACACCGCCAGAUUCGUCCUCGCUGUCAUCUGAAAACGGGACGAUAACCGCCGUCACCACAGAAGAAGAAUCUCUGUCGGUUCUACUCAGACACGCCAAGACUGGAGGACGGGACCGAGGAGCAGAGCCAGGUCUAGACUUGGACCUGGAGGACAGCUCCUCUGUGGUCGGAGGCUCAGACGACCAGCGUGGAUCCACCGACUCUGCGUCCUUUUCCAUCCCCAGCCUGGAGCUGUCAGACGGGGUGGCGGCAGCAGGAACCUCCCUGGACGUGGAGGACGUCCCGUCCACCGAGGUCUCCGGUCUGAAGGACGAGGAGGCGCUGGAAGCUGCUGGAGGCGCUGCUGCUGCGGCUCCUCCCCCUCCUGGUUGCUCCGCCUCCUCCACUGCUGCUCCGGUGGAGGCGGGGCCUCCCCUGCCGGCCUAUUACCUGGUGAAGUGGAUCACCUGGAAGGAGAAGAAGACUCCCAUCAUCACUCAGAGUGAGAACGGGCCCUGCCCCCUGCUGGCCAUCAUGAACACUCUGUUCCUCCGCUGGAAGGUACAAAAACACAGAUGUUUACCUGUAAACUGGGUUAUUAUACUAUGUAUGAUGAGUACAAUUUACCUGUAAUAAUUAAGUUAGCUGUUUGACACGUGAUCACAAUACUUCUUA